AUGGGGCCAACCGGUGCGGGGAAAAGUUCGUUCAUAGCCAAUGCCACGAAGUGCGAGGGUCAGGGGGUGGGACAUGAGUUAACUUCUUGUACAAGCGAGAUCAAUGUCACCAAAUACGAGGUUGAAGGUUCCAACGUGGUUCUGGUAGACACACCUGGGUUUGAUGAUACGAGGAAAUCUGACUUGGACAUCCUGAAACUGAUUUCCGAUUGGCUGAACACUGAGUACCAAACUACACGACCCAUGCUUUCGGCCAUGCUUUACUUUCAUCGCAUAUCAGACAACCGUAUGGCUGGAACGCCACUGAAGAACCUUCGAGUCUUUGAAAAGUUGUGUGGGAAAAAUGCGAUGUCCAAGGUUAUCUUGGUCACUACGAUGUGGGAUGAGGUGGACACCGAGGUUGGCGAUGAGAGGCUGAAGGAGCUGAAGGAUAAUUAUUGGAAGAUGAUGAUCUCGCGAGGGUCUACGACGUUCGAGUGUAAGGACGUUCGAGGGUCACCCAUGAAUUUACUCCAACAGAUCGUACGGCGAAAGAAGGAGCAAGAGUUGAUGGGACAAGAUGAAGAGGGUGAAGGCGGGGUCCAGUUGCAGGAGGAAAUUUCCAAUAUGAAGUUAGAGCUACAGGAAACUGCUGCCGGGCAGCAGUUGUGUUCUCGUCUAGAAGAACUCGCCAGGAAGCGGAUGGAAACACUUCGAAGAAUUCGGGAUGAGACCAAGGGAGCGGACCAGAAGACUGCAGAAGACCUCUGGAGAGAAUAUGCCGAAGUAAAGGCCCAACUAGACUCUACUUUGACUCAAGCACGCCAGUUGAGGAUGACGCUCAGACAGCGGAUUAAAUCGAUCAAAAAUGGCUUUCACUUUCGAGGACUGAGAAGUAAGUGGCACCAUCCCUAUUCAUCAGCAAAGUUACAUACCAUUUAA